ACCAUAUCUCGCCGGGAGUGGCCGCGCAGCUCCGAGGCUCCCGGGCCCGCGGCUAUUUAAGCGCGGCCGGUGGUGGAAGCUGCGCUGCAGCCGGGAGGCGCGGGGACUGGAAGUCAUGCUCGCUCCGCAGAGCCAGCGCUAGCCUGUGUCUGUGGUGGGUGAUGUGCAUUUGAGACAUCUCAACUGGGGACCGCCUGGUGUCACUGAGUGUCCGCUGCUGUGAGUUCGCUGCCUGCCUCCUUACCAUGUCUAACGAAGUGGAAGCCAGCACCACGAAUGGUCAGCCUGAGCAGCAGUCUGCAACGAAAGCUCCAUCCAAGAAAGAAAAGAAGAAAGGCUCUGAAAAGACAGAUGAAUAUCUCUUGGCCAGAUUCAAAGGUGAUGGUGUAAAAUACAAGGCCAAACUAAUUGGUAUUGAUGAUGUGCCAGAUGCAAGAGGUGAUAAAAUGAGCCAAGAUUCUAUGAUGAAACUAAAGGGGAUGGCGGCAGCUGGUCGGUCUCAGGGACAACACAAACAACGGAUAUGGGUCAACAUUUCUCUUUCUGGGAUAAAAAUAAUCGAUGAGAAAACUGGGGUAAUAGAACAUGAGCAUCCAGUAAAUAAGAUUUCUUUUAUUGCCCGUGAUGUGACAGACAACCGGGCAUUUGGUUAUGUGUGUGGAGGAGAAGGCCAGCAUCAGUUUUUUGCCAUAAAAACUGGGCAACAGGCUGAGCCAUUAGUUGUUGAUCUUAAGGAUCUUUUUCAAGUUAUCUAUAAUGUAAAGAAAAAGGAAGAAGAAAAGAAAAAGAUGGAAGAAGCCAACAAAGUAGAAGAGAAUGGGAACGAGUCACUACUGACUUUUGAUGAGCAAGCUAACAAACUGAAAUUGGGUGUGGACCAGAUGGAUUUGUUUGGGGACAUGUCUACACCUCCUGACCUAAAUAGUCCAACAGAAAGCAAAGAUAUCCUGUUAGUGGAUCUAAACUCUGAAAUCGACACCAAUCAGAAUUCUUUAAGAGAAAAUUCAUUCUUAACAAAUGGCAUCACCUCCUGUUCCCUCCCUCGACCAAAACCUCAGGCAUCUUUUGUGCCUGAAAAUGCCUUUUCUGCCAAUCUCAACUUCUUCCCCACUCCUAAUCCUGAUCCUUUCCGUGAUGAUCCUUUUGUACAUCCAGACCAAUCAACACCCUCUUCGUUUGAUUCUCACAACUCUCCAGAUCAGAAGAAAGAGAAUUUGAGUAGCUUGUCUUCUCCACUGAGUAAUGGGCCCUUGAAUGGGGAUGUUGAUUACUUUGGUCAGCAGUUUGACCAAAUCUCUAACCGGACUGGCAAACAGGAAGCUCAGACAGGCCCAUGGCCCUUUUCAAGUACGCAAACACAGCCAGCGGUGAGAAAUCAAAAUGGGGUAUCUGAAAGAGAACAGAACGGCUUCCAUAUCAAAUCCUCCCCGAACCCUUUUGUGGGAAGCCCUGUCAAAGGACUCUCUGUACCGAAUGGCGUAAAGCAGGACUUGGAAAGCUCUGUCCAGUCCUCACCACAAGACUCCAUUGCCAUUAUCCCACCUCCACAAAGUACCAAACCAGGAAGAGGCAGAAGGACUGCUAAGUCUCCAGCAAGUGACUUGCUUGCAUCAGACAUCUUUGCUCCUCCCGUCUCAGAAUCUCCAGGCCAGACGUCACCUACAGGACAAUCUACAGCCCUACAGACCAACCCUCUGGAUCUCUUCAAAACAAGUGCUUCUGCCUCAGGGGGGCCCCUUUCGGGUCUAGGUGGUGUCCCAGUUGCACCCACUCAAGCAGCACCCUGGAACCCAGCAUCUUUAGUCUUCAAUCAGUCCACUUCAGUGGCUCCGGGAACCCUGAUGGGUGGCCCACCUGCAGGAUUUGGCCAAGCAAUCGUUUUUUCCGCAAGCCCAGCUGUUGCAGGUUGGAGCCAGCCUUCAUCCUAUGCAGCCUCACCUUCCCCUCCAGCCCCUGCUGUUUGGGGCCCAUCAGCCUCAGUGGCACCCAAUGCUUGGUCAUCAACAAGUCCUUUGGGGAAUCCUUUUCAGGAUAUUUUCCCACCACCCUCUGGAGCUGCCCAGUCCUCUUCUAUGCUCUCCUCUCUCCUGACUACUCCUCCUCAACCACCUCCCAGAAUGGGCCCCCCAAAGGACAUCUCCAGUGAUGCCUUCACUGCCUUGGACCCUCUUGGGGACAGAGAAGUCAAGGAAGUGAAAGAAAUGUUUAAAGACUUCCAACUGCGGCAACCACCUGCUGUGCCUGCGAGGAAGGGAGAACAGUCUUCCUCUGGGACUUCCAGUGCCUUCUCCAGUUAUUUCAACAGCAAAGUUGGCAUUCUUCAGGAGAAUGCAGACCAUGAUGACUUUGAUGCUAAUCAACUGUUGCAAAAAAUUAAUGAACCACCAAAGCCAACUCCCAGACAAAGUGUCCCGCCAGUUACCAAAUCUGCUGACAAUGCAUUUGAGAACCCUUUCUCUAAAGAUUCUUUCAGUUCACCACAAGCCUCUAUGGUUUCUCCUCAACCUGCAUCUUCUGAUGUAUAUAGGGAUCCUUUUGGAAAUCCUUUUGCCUAACUUCCGAACCCGGCAUGCUGACUCCCCAGAGAACCAAAAGAUUGACCUUAGUAGUCAAGGACAAAGCUAAUGGCCAGACAAGUCCUGACUUCUGCCCUUGUUCCAGCUUUGACAUAUUAUUAUCUGCUGCCGUAUUUCUUGCUGCUUCUUCCACUUGUAAAAUAUCUUUCACUUUCUGUCUAGAUUUAAGCUAAUCUGAAUCUAUGGCUUUAAAUAAAUUAAGAAUCUAAACUCUCUAGUUUAAAUGUAAAUGAAGUAGUUUCCCUAUUUGAAUACAUGCCAAUUGCAUCCUUUGAGCCUUCUAUAAAACUAUCUACAGAUACCCUCUGGGAAAUACAAGUACCACAACCUUUCAGAUCACACUAUUUUGAAUAAAUAUUAAAAUUCUUACUGUUCAAAGUUGUUUGGGGUUCUGUGUUAGAGCAUAAAACCUAAGGAGUGUUGUAGACCCAGACACUUUCUUCUAUCUUGCUUCGACCAUCAUUUAAAGAGAAUUUUUACAAUAAAAUGGAUGCAAAUCCAACUUGUCCCUAGGCCUUUGGAAGAUGUUUUUUAAGGAUAUAACUUCUCUUUCUGAAGAUCAUUUUUCCCUCAAAGACACAACUAUUCCAUUUCUAAUUUCUUCUCAAUUAUUUCAAAGUGGGAGAAAAUAUAAUUUGUCUCUUUGCUUCUGUUCCCUUUGAUUCUCUUUUCAAUCAAUUUUGCUCAUGCCUUCAUAUAAUAUUACUUACCUUGUACAAGCAGCAGAGUCUUACAGGGCAAAAAUAUAUAUAUAUCUAAUGAUUCACAGAUCUGAGAAUCUCUGCCUUCUCAGCAGUCGCUAACCCCAGUAACUAGAGUUGCUAAUGGGAACAACCUUUAUCCUUUCUGUGGAAGAGGGGACCCUCCUUUUGAGCUGAAGUUCCAGAAAAUCAGUUAAUAGUGAAGAAAACCUGAACUCAAUGUUAGCCAUGAAGGACUGUAUUCUGCAGAACAACACAUCUAAAUGUGAAAAUGUCAGACAUUCUAGAUGCCCAUUACGGGUUACGCUUGACCUUGUAAAGUGACUGGAAAACUUUCUGGAGGCCCCAGUCUCCAGAAGACAAAUGGGAGGGGAGGAGAGAAGCUGUAGAAGUAUUUAGUGUUAUCAUUGAAAAUCUAGUAUCUGCAGUAUUUUUCUCCUCAUAACCUUGGAAACUUUCUUAGUUCAUUUUUAGUCCUUUUGUUAGCAAAGUUCUGAAGGGCUUGUUCUUGCUAAAAUGAGUUAAUUUCUUUUUGUAUAUGUUGGGUUUUGUAAUGUUGUCUCUUAACCCCCCAAUGCUCAGGUUUUUGUGGGUGUUAAUCAACCACAACAUGGAAGAAGACGGUGACAGCUCAGGAUCUAAACCAGAUGGUGGCCUGAUGACCCUCUAUUGAUUAACCCCAAGUAGGACAAGCUCUAAGCCUGUGCUGUUAUGGCUGAUGGUAACAGCUGAUCAUGUACGAUAUAAUUUUCAUCUGACUUCUUAGUCAUCUUAAACACAGACUUGAAAUAGUGUUUCAUAUUAUCAAGUACCUAAAUGUGCUAAACUGGAGGCAAAUAUUUCUAGGUAGUGAAUUUUUGAAAGCAGAUAAAAUUUCAAAAGCAACGAUCAGCCACACAACUGUUUUGUACAUACUUCCUUUCUUGUUCACCUUUCUGUAUGCAAAUAAAGCUAUAAAUUUACUCAUUUCAAUAAACUGGAAUAG